AUGUACGCCAAAAGCGUGAACGCGCAAAAUGGGGUCAGCGGCCCGAAGGACGAAAAUUAUCGAAAUGACGAGAACUGUGAAAAUAAUAAAAUGAACAUGAACAACUACAAAAACAUUAUGCACAAUCAGAAAAAAAAAAAACUUGAUCUGAUGGACAUGGAUUAUUUAGACAAGGCCGUUAAUUUUCGUAAGGCAGACAAGAAAGGCAACAACUGCGUAGCAGGGGAUGACCAGGCUGGAAGUGAAAAUGACGAAGAGGAGGAAGAGGACGAAGAUACUGAUGAGGAUGAUGAAGACUACCAAAUUGGCGACGACGAGGAAGACGAUAGUGAGGAUGAUGAACUGGAUGACGACUACGAAGAGGAAGAAUUCGAUGACGAAGUCAGGCAAAUCAACUUCAACUCAUACAACAAUUAUUAUUACGAGACAACCAACGCAGAGGAGGGAGAGAAUAAUUUGCACAUUGACCAUCAGGGAGCAAAUCAAAAUGAGGAUGCCCAAACAGAUAGGAAGAAUCAGCUGAUGUUUGAGCGCUACAAUAAGUUGUUGGCAAAUUACAGAUCCAAUAAGGAACAAAUGAGGGAGGAGCAUUCCAACGGAAAGGUCAUGUCAAAGGGGGAGGAAGACGAAGCGGAAGAGGGGGCCUCCUCCUGCUACAGCUGCAACAGUAACAACGAUACAACCGCGAGAGAAGGAACAAAAGGAAACGCAUGUGGACCGCGUGAAACAGUUAUCAAUGGAAAUGCCAAUGGAGCUAACCCCAAUAGUGAAUAUUACCUGACGGGAGACACGACCUACCUGAGGGAAGAAAGCGAUAACUUCAUCUCAGAUGUUCUCAACCGAAUAGACCAAAUAUACAACAAACAGUCUAGGUACACAAAUUUAAAAAAUGUGAACAACAGCAACAAUAGCAUCUGCAUAAAUGACUUGAACUUAAACCUCAUAAGUGAUUACUUAAAUGUAGACAUAUCCGUUUUUCACAAAAAAACCACCGUCCUUCUGUUGGGUAAUCCGCAGAGUGGAAAGAGCUCCUUCAUUAAUUGGUUUACGGAAAGUUACGUCCAGAAUACAAAUUCGAUAGGCAAGAAAAAUGAAAUUACCUACGUAGAUAUAAAAAAUAAAUUUAAGUUCAAUUUUAAGAGGCUAAAUAAUGCCAACUACCAGUUUGGCCUUGUAAACAGAUAUAGAAAUAGGGGAGGAUAUUAUGGCUCCUCCCACUACGGUAGGGAAAGAGACAUUAGACAAAUGAACAAUGAUCAUAUGGGUGAUUCCAACGAGGAUGAUCUUCUCCCCCCUCCUGGAAGUCCCGUACAUAACGUGGGUAAAGACAACCAAAGCAAGAAAAUAAUUCUGUCAGGAGAAAACUGUGAUUAUCUGUUCAUGCCAUUUCAAAAAUUACGAAAGAAGGCUCAUAAUGUUAAGAAGUACAUUUUUGGAAAAAUCUGCUACCAGAAUAAUCUAACCAAAUAUAUGAACAGAAUCAAUUCUGUAUCUUUUUUAGAUACCAGUGGGAUCAAUGAUAUAUGUGAUUUGGAAUACGAUGAAAUUAUCAUGAAUCUGUCCAAAUACGUAGAUGCAAUAUUCAUCUUUAUCGAUUCUAAUCAAUUUUCUAUAAACAAUAGGUUGCUCCGAAUUAUUAACUACCUGAUGGAUAAUCAGCUGAACAAAGUCACCAUCUGUCUCACCAGGAUUGAUAUGAUUCAAAGGGUUAACCUGUACAGAGUGGUUUUCUACCUCACACAAUAUUUUUUAAGAAGCUUGAAUUUGUUUAGGUAUGGCUUUGCCAACCCAAACGGGGCCUCUUCGCAUGUUGAUGAAUCACAAAUCGAGCCCUACGUGGGCCACCACACCGAAUGGAACGAACACGCCGAACUGCAAUGGCGAAGUAAAUCGGAUUGGCGGAAUCCACUGAGCAAAAAAGCUCACAUGAUAAACGAAUUCUUCAACCGAUCCAUUCGAUCCUUCCAGAACGUCCUACUCUUCCCCAAAAUGAUAACCAAAAUGAUUAGCCGCAGAACCACUCAACGGGGAUAUUUCCAUAUCGGCAUGGACAAUGUAGAGCAACGCUACGGAGAGGAACAGAAAACGUACAACCAAGGAGGACACAACUAUGGUGAAGGAGAUCACUACUUCGGUGAAGAAGAAGCCCAGCAGGAUGAUCACCAAUUAUCCUCUACGGAUUACCAGAGCGAUUUCCCAAGGAGGCACAGAGAAGGCGAACGCAUGCAGGAGAAAACUACCGGCGAAGAAGAGACUGGUGGGAUUUUCAAAAAAAUUUUGACCAAAAGUUACAAUUCCUUCAAGGAUAAAAUACUGAACUCCGGGAAUGUCUCCAAGGGGGGUAUCAGUCGAUUAAACUCGACACUAAAAGGAGAGAAAAAUUCGAUGGAGCAGUUCACUAGGAAGCGCACUGAUCCGCCAAAGUCAAACGAAAGGAAACUUAAAACACACCUGCACAAGCUGUUCGAAAAAAAAAUAAACUACGGGGACUGCCUGAAGAACAUGAGUAUAUUUUUUGUUGUCCUCAUGUACGAAGUAGUAACAACCAUCUAUAGCAUAAUCCAUACAAGCAUAAGCAACUACAUCAAGAGGACCAGCGGUGGGCGCGGACGAGCUACGAACGUUGAAAAACUCCACCAACUAGAUGAAGCGAACAAAUUAAAAUACACUCAUAUGAACGACAGAGGAAAGAACACGUAUAAAGUACUUGAAUUUUUAACCAUUUAUCUUCCAGAAAUUCCAAAUGACUUACUUAAAAGGGAAAAGUGGAAAUAUGAAAAGGGGAAAGUCGAAGUAGCUAAUCGAAAAUAUAAUAAUGAAAGAAGAAACAGAUUUAGCUGUAACAUUCAAUAUGAGCAUGAUGACUAUGGGGGGAGACUAAAGAACGAUUUGUGUAGUGAUGAGCCAGACGACCACAUGGGCAAUAGACAUGGCAAUACGGGGUAUUCUCAAAGGAGAAGUAUACCAGAGGAGUUUCUCCUUUUGGGCAAUGGAAGCGCUGGGGUGAGAAGAUACGGGGAUUACGUAAAAGGGAAUUACACCCGCGGGAGUUACAUACCCGGUGUGGAUAAUAAUGUCUCCCGCGAGUCCUUCCUCACGGAUAGCGAUUAUCAUGUCAAUGGGAGAAGCUCAGGCUACCUCCCCCCGGGAACACGCAAUGGUAUGUACAACCGUAUGCGCAAUGAAGACGUAAGGGAACUUAACAUGAUACACGAGCUCAUAUUCAAAAUCGACGAAACGAUAGACCUGAAGAGCAACCAAAGCAUCUACAUGCUCAAAAGAGACCUAGAAAAAAUACAAAGCACCUGUUUGAAAAGACUCUCCGACAACGAACAUGUUGUGAAGCAAAAUAGGUCCCUUCGAAUUCAAAACAUAAAGUUCUAUUUCUUCAAAUAUAUGGCCAUCUUUUUUGGUUUCAUCAUUUCUUUACUCAGAUAUGAUCUGCUCGUGUAUUUCAAUUUUAUCAAACCAGAAUUGCUCUUCAGCAUUUUUUCAAAAUAUUUCCUCUUCCUCUCUUCAUACAAUAAAAAUUCCCUCUUCAUUGCUGUGAAUAUUUUGUUGGUGGUUGCUUACCUAGGGCUGUACGUCAGGUACAAUCGGCGUAAUUACUUCAAGUCUCUAGGUAAGAGCGACCUGAACAAGCUCAAGAUAAUUAUGCUCUUCACGCAAAUCCUCUUCGAUGAGAUUAACCAACUACACUUGAGGCUCAUCGGUGGGCGCGAACGUGACGACCCCGCCCAACCCAGUGCACCCAGCGAGUCAAAUGGACCUAGCGACAGGGAAGACGUUGACUACGCAGAGUCAGACUGCUACGACGGAUUCGGUAACUACCACCCUUCUGGAUACUCCCACAGGUGA